AUGCAUACUUCUACAUUAGCAGCUGUCGCUGCACUUUGCGCCUCAAGCCUCGUUGACGCUGCACCCCCUCUGCCACCACCGCCUCCAGCACGACCUGCGACUCCACCACCGCCCGCUCCAUACCCGUCUGGCUCGACACUUCCGGUCUCAAGCCAAUCGAUAUGCAGCGGGACCAAUUACAUUAAACGUGGCCUUGUAGCAUUUGGCACGGUAGCAUGGAAUGCUCGUGGCAAGUUCGGCGAUACGCUUGGUGGUUUUGGCUCGGCCAUCAGCCCUGAUCUGUCCAGAUUCAGCAAGUCUAGCAAUGGCUCUGUGUCUGGGACUCUGUACGCCAGCCCAGAUCGUGGUUGGAACACACAAGGCUCCAUCGACUAUCAGGGCAGAGUCCAUCAAUUCCAGCUUACGUUCAGCCCAACUUUUGGUAGCGUCAACAAUGGCAGCAAGAAUCUUGCUUUGUCGUACCAAGACUCCACUCUGUUGUCCAAAGGCGGUGUGCCCACCACUGGCCUGGACGCCGACUAUGUGAUCGCAUCUGCAGGUGGCUAUCCAGAUCUUCCAGCAGGCAAGCGUGCGAGUGGCCAGCUUGCCCCAGCCCUUGAUAUCGAGGGUCUUGUCAGGCUCCGUGAUGGCUCAUACUGGAUGUCCGAUGAGUGUGGCCCCUACAUCUACCAUUUUACAAAGGACGGCCAGAUGACAUCGGCCAUUCGACCACCGAUCUCCUUCAUCCCAUUCGUGGAUGGCGUGGAGAUCUUCACUUCUGGCAAUCCUCCCGUCGGGUCAGGUCUUGACGAGGCGAACGAUCCAGAUGCUGGCAGAGUAAACAAUCACGGUUUCGAGGGACUUGCCAUAUCUCCUGAUGAGCGAAUCCUCACAGCUCAAAUCCAGGCUGCGUUAGUCCAAGAUGGUGGCACACACAACACUCGUGCCAAUAUUACAAGGCAGGUGGUCUACGACGUCUCUGACCAGAGAAACCCGCGCCUAAUUCACGAGUGGGUGGUCGAGCAGCCGGCCGUCAACGACCCUACUGAGACCAAGAACCCGCGCUCUCUCGAUGUCAGCGACACACACUACCUAUCCCAGAACCAGUACUUUGUGCUUGCGCGAGAUGGCGGACACGGUCGUGGUAGCCGCUCAGACACCCCUUCCACAUACCGCCACAUCGAUAUUGUAUCGACUCAAGGCGCCAGCGACAUCGCCUCGGAGGAAGGCCUCGCUGCCAUCGCCCUCGCGCCUAAUGACUAUUUACUCCCUCACGUCAAGACCACGCAAUACUGCUCAUUCCUUGAUAUCAACGACAAUACUGAUCUCGCUCGAUUCGGUCUGCAGAAUGGCCCUCCUUACGCCACCGAGCUGAACGAGAAGUGGGAGUCCAUUGCGAUUGUACCAGUGCCUGCGGGUGUCACCGGAGCUGGUGAUCACGAGUUCUACAUCAUCAGCGUCAGCGAUAAUGAUUUCAUCACGCAAGACGGCUAUUACAACUUCGGCCAGACAAAGUAUAGCGAUAAGAGCGGUCUGAAUGUUGAUACGCAGAUCCUUGUGUGGCAGGCGCAUCUGCCCAAUUAUGAGUCUGCUCACCCUGGACCAAAGUAG